AUGAUCUGGUCGUCGGAAGCAGACGCCAAGCUCUUCGUGGGUGUCUUGAAUCAGUUGCGCGGAAAGUUGAAGGUCGACUAUCAAGAACUAGCUACGCAUAUGGGCGGAGAUUGCACCUCCUGCGCCGUUGAGCAGCGCAUGAUACGGCUCAGGAAGCAGGCAGCCAGCGCAUCCCCAGCAGCGUCCACUGGCACUGGUGGUGGAACUGCUAAUACCACCCCGACUACAACCCCAAGGAAGCGUAAGGGAGAUGGUCUAGCCACCCCUGCGAAGAAGAAGACCAAGACAGUUGCUGCUGCGUCUGCCAAAUCGGAGGUCAAGAAGGAUGAUGCCACUACCGUCAAUGAGGAUGGAAAGGCUGAAAUCAAGGUCAAGCCAGAAAUUAAGAAUGAGCCUAUGGAAUGA